GAACAUGGAUGGCAAGGAGAGACGCUGAUGUACUGUGGAUUUAACAGCUUUUUAAGGGAAUUCACACAGCCUAACGCCAUUAAACACACUGGACUUGGGUUAUUUGCAUGCGUUCAACCUUAAUUUGUUGGGGCUAAAAUUAGGGACACUGGAGGUAAAUGUGAGGGAUAACUUCAACUAGAGAGAGACUCCCUCCUCUGGGCUCCCCCCAUCCCAGCCCUCUCCUACACCAGUCUUCAGAGCCCCAUUCCCAACAGCCAACAUGUUCUCCUCCAACUUUCUGAGUGGGGGGAAUCCUCUAAGUGCAAUGUCCUCUGCUGUAAACAAGUUCAGUCGUUUUGGGGAUGAGGAGGAAAAGCAACAACAGCAGCCUCCAGGACCCUCAAAGCAGAAGGAUCCUCAACAGCAGGGGAAUGGCCAACCAGCCUCACAGGGGCCUCAGAGGCAAAGUGGACAGCAGACACAGGGUGUGGGAAUGGGUGGCCAAGGAGCUGGACGAGGUGGAUCUCAACCACAAGGAGCUGGACGGGGUGGAUCUCAACCACAAGAAGCUGGACGGGGAAGUCCUGUACAGCAAAGAGCUGGGAGAGGAGGUCCUCCACAACAGGGAGAAGGCAGGGGAGGAUUGCAACAAGGAGCAGGUGGGGGUGGAUCUCCUAAGCAGGGAGCUGGACGGGGUGGAUCUCAACCACAAGGAGCUGGACGGGGAAGUCCUGUACAGCAAAGAGCUGGGAGAGGAGGUCCUCCACAACAGGGAGAAGGCAGGGGAGGAUUGCAACAAGGAGCAGGUGGGGGUGGAUCUCCUAAGCAGGGUGUUGGGAAGGGUGGACCUCAACAACAAGGCCCAAGUGGACCUGCGUCUCAUCCAGGAGGUGCAGUUGGCUCAAGGCCUCCUUCAUCAGAGCCUCAAGUGAAAGGUGGACCUGGAGCUGGGGUGAAAUCCCUCUGUCCAGUCUGUAAAAAUACAGAACUCAAUCUUAAGUCUAAGGAUUCGCCCAACCAUAACACCUGCUCACAAUGUAAAUCAGUGGUCUGCAACAUGUGUGGGUUCAGUCCUCCGGAUGCAACUGCUAAGGAGUGGCUUUGCCUGAAUUGCCAGAUGCAGAGGGCUCUGGGAGGGGCAGAGAACAGCGGACCUCCUACGCUAAAAGCCCAGCCACAGCCCAAGGACUCCGUACCAUCACAGAACCCUGCAAAGAAAAACACUCCUCAUAGUAAGCAGAUGCCCCCAUCUGCCAGCCAGCCAACCAAACCAACAGAGGGUCAGAAACCGUCAAGCCAGUCCAGCACAAGGGCAGCUCAUCCAUCGGAGCAAACGUCACAACAAAAACCUCCUCCACAACAGACGACAAAAGGUGCUCCUCCUGCCAAAACUGAGAUACCAUCAAAGACUGAGCCCCCUAAAAAAGAAGAAGAGUCCAGUUUCUUUGGUUUCGGUUUUGGUGGCGCUCGAUCCCGCUCUCCUUCUCCACAGCCCGGUGCCUCUUCUGUUUCUGGAAAGGUUCUAGGCUUUGGUUCUUCAUUUCUUAGCUCAGCGUCCAAUUUGAUUUCAGCUGUCCAGGAUGAGCCCUCCACAACCCCACCAACCUCUCGAAAAGGUUCCACCAUUUCCCAAACCUCUGUCAAGACUUCCACACCCCCUUCCUCAAGAAAAGGCUCAGAGGCCACUAAGGGCUCCACCAGUGUUCCUAAAUCACAGACACAGGAGGGAAAAAUGCAACAGCAACAAAGUAAACCCCAAGACACUCAAAAAACAACGACAACAAAGGAAACCACAUCUGCUCAGGCCACUAAAUUAGAUCAAAGCCCAAAACUUCCUCCCAAAGCCUGUCCACUCUGCAAGGCAAACCUGAGAAGAGAUCCUCCCAACUACAGUACCUGCACUGAAUGCAAGGCCAUCGUGUGUAAUCAGUGCGGAUUUAAUCCUGUGCCUCAUCAAACAGAGGCAAAAGAGUGGCUUUGCUUAAACUGCCAGACACAGAGAGCGCUGAAAGGAAUAGAGCCUCCGGGACAACCCACUAUAAAGUCCCAAACACAGCCCAGCAAAUCUCAAAAGAUGGAAUCUACACAUGGUCCUUUAGAGAAACAGCCCACAGCUCAGCCAACAAAGACUAGUCCUGCCAACCAACCUGCUUCUCAGAAAAAGGAAAUGCAUGAACAGACUAGUGCAGCAGGAGCAAAGCAAGCUCCCUCUCCUAAGCCUUUACAGCAACCGACAGCAAAAAAUGCCCCCUCUCCUUCUGUGUCUAAAGCAGCACCACCGGCUGAGACUGAGCAAGAACAGUCAGGAUUUUUCGGCUUUUCGGGCUUUGGUGGAGCCCGGUCACGAUCACCAUCCCCUCAGCCUGCUGUUUCGGCCAUGUCUGGUAAGGUCCUAGGAUUUAAGUCGUCCUUCCUGAGCUCAGCAUCUAAUCUCAUUUCAUCAGCGGUUCAAGAUGAACCUUCUACGACACCACCAAAUAACCCUCAAGCACCUUCAGUCUCUCAAACUUCCCUCAAGACUUCUACUCCACCGACGUCUCUCAAAGGCUCCGCAUCAUCGCAAGGGGCUGCAUUAUCAGCAUCUACAGGAAAGGCUAAUCAAUCAGAUGGUCAGAAAGAAGAGAAAACGACAGAGCUAAAUGCAGACCAAAAGAACAAAGCACCAAUAUCUCAAAUUAAAAAAGCCGAACCGUCUUCACAGAUGCCAAAAGCAGACAAAGGCCCUCAAACCUUGCCCAAAUCCUGCCCACUCUGUAAGGUAGAAAUCAAAAAGGACCUUGCCAACUACAACACUUGUACUGAGUGCAAAAACACUGUGUGCAAUCUAUGUGGGUUCAACCCAACGCCACAUCAAACAGAGUUGAAAGAAUGGCUUUGUCUGAACUGUCAGACUCAAAGAGCUCUAAGAGGAAUGGAGCCACCAGGAGCAGCGCAGCCCAACAAAAUCCCUUCCACUCAACCAAUGGCUUCACCCUCAAUUCAAAAGAAAGGUGUUUCUGAAUUAGGCAAGAAAAUUGACCCUCCUCAGAAAUUACAAGAACAACAAACCAAGGCUCUAAAUGGUACUCUGCCCAUCCAAAAAGCCCAGCAGCAAGAAAAUGAAGCCAAAUCUGAAGUUUCUGCCAAGACAGCCAAGGAAGGAACUGGAUUUUUGGGUUUUGGUGGUGCUAGGUCAAGGUCUCCAUCUCCUCAGCCUGCUAUGUCUGCUGUAUCUGGGAAGGUUCUUGGCUUUGGUUCCUCCUUUCUCAGCUCAGCAUCUAAUUUAAUAUCCUCAGCUGUGCAAGAUGAGACAUCUACAACACCACCAACCUCCCGCAAAGCUUCCACAGUUUCCCAGAGCUCAACACCACCCACGUCUCGGAAGAGCUCUGCUGUUCCACAGACCACAAACACAGGGGAUAAUAAACAACCUACUGCACAAAAACAAGAAAAAAAGAUUUCUGAGUCACCUCAGCUAUCCAGUAAAUCUUCUGUGAAAGCAAAAACAGACCAAACAUUGUCUGCAAAAGUUGACAAAACUCCCCUCCCUCUUCCCAAAAUCUGUCCACUUUGCAAGGCAGAUAUUACCAGUGAUCCUCCUAAUUUUAGCACCUGCACCGAUUGCAAAAACAUUGUGUGUAACCGUUGUGGAUUUAACCCCAUGCCUCAUCAAAAAGAGGUGAAGGAAUGGCUCUGUUUAAAUUGCCAGAUAAAGAGAGCACCUGAACCUUCAAGUCUAAAUCCCCAGCUACAGACUAAUGCUGGCUCACAACAAGACAAAACAGCUCCACAUCAGCCUCCUCCAGGAGCCAGUAGAACUGAGGACCAGUCAAAAACAGCAAAUCUCCCAAAUGAAAAACCUGCACAGAAAGAAACUAUAAAACCUCAACAGCCAAAAGAUAGUAGUGCCCCAGCCAAAUCCGAAACCACAACACAAUCAGAUUCCUCCAAAGAAGAUACAGGUUUCUUUGGCUUUGGUUUUGGUGGUGCUCGAUCUCGAUCACCUUCUCCUCAACCUGUUGUCUCGGAGAAGGUUCUAGGGUUUGGUUCCUCGUUCCUCAGCUCAGCAUCUAAUCUCAUAUCUUCAGUAGUUCAAGAUGAGUCCUCCACAACACCGCCACCACCUCGUAAAGGUACAACAGUUUCUCAGACCUCGGUGAAGUCUACAACGCCGCCCGCCUCUCGUAAGGGUUCAUCGGUUUCACAGACAUCUCUCAAAACCACAUCUGCUGUGGCAGCAGCAGCUACAUCCCGCAAGGGAUCUACAGCAUCCCAACACUCAACAAAAAUGCAGGCUGUGGAAAAUAAGCCUCUUUCUCAAAAGCAGUUGGCAGACAAGAAGUCCAUGCAAUCUCAACCUUUCAAAGCACCAUCUACACCUCCAUCAAAGCCUCAAGCAGCUGAUAUGUCCUCUCAGUCUCUGCCUAAAGAAUGCCCACUUUGCAAAGUAGAGCUCAAGAAAGAUCCUUCUAACUUCAACACCUGCACUAAAUGCAAGAGCAUUGUAUGUAACCUCUGUGGGUUUAAUCCCAUGCCUCAUCAAACCGAGGCAAAGGAGUGGCUUUGCUUGACCUGUCAGGUGCAGCGAGCAUCAAUGCCUUCCCAUGCAGAGCCUCAAGAUCAAGCUAAGAAAGUAGCCCCAGUGCCAAAGAAGGAGGAGCAAGAUGUUCCAGAAUCUGUGCAGAAGAAACAAAAUGUGGAGGAAGCCACCAGAACUAGUCAGAAAACAGCUGUAGUAGGGAGAAAGGAGCCCACUGAUGUGACACCACAAGAGCUCAGUCAACCGAAGAUAUCACAGCAGGUGAAAUCAGACAAACCUCAUCAAGAGGAGUCUGGAUUUUUUGGUUUUGGCUUCGGUGGGGCUCGAUCCAGGUCUCCUUCACCUCAACCUGCUGUUUCUGCUGUGUCUGGGAAAGUUUUAGGCUUUGGUUCCUCCUUCCUUAGCACAGCCUCUAAUCUGAUAUCAUCAGCUGUUCAGGAUGAACCUUCCACAACACCGCCAACCUCCCGCAAAGGUUCGUCAGUUUCAGAAACAACACCUCCUCCUGGCUCCCGUAAAGGCUCUACAGUAUCUCAGUCAUUGUUCAACAACAACACAACGUCUCCUAGCUCACAAAAAGGUUCUGUAACCACACAAGGUUCCCAGAAAGCUCAACCUAGUAAAGAUACUAAACUAUCAAUUGGACAGAAACAAGAGGAGAAGACACCAUCACUUCAACAGGCUAAGGAGCCAUCAAAUAAAGUAAAAGAGGAUAAAUCAGAGACACCUAUAUCCAAGCCUCUUCCCAAGGUCUGCCCAAUUUGCAAGGUGGAGCUCAAGAAAGAUCAGUACAACAGCUGCACUGAAUGCAAAAAUUUCGUAUGUAACUUGUGUGGGUUCAACCCUAUGCCCCAUGAAGAUGAGAUGAAGUGGCUGUGUUUGGCGUGUCAGAUGAAGAAAGCACCACAACCUCAUCCUGCACAGCUUCAGUCACACGCUAAGGAAGCUGCACCACUUAAAAUGGAUACUCCCACUCCAGAUGCUUCACAGAAAAAGCCACAUCUUCCAGCAGAUGCCGUUCAAAAGGAUAAGAAACCAGAAGUGGAAGAGAAACAAGACAAUAAGCAAACAUUAGCAGAAACUGAACAACCCACCCAAAGAGAAACGAAACAACAUCAUAUUGCAGAAGUUCCAAAGUCAGAAUCUCAAAAAACUGAUCCGCAACCAGAUAAACCUGGAUUCUUUGGGUUCGGUUUUGGAGGAGCUAGAUCUCGAUCACCUUCUCCUCAGCCUGCUGUCUCAGAGAAGGUUCUAGGGUUUGGUUCUUCAUUCUUAAGCUCAGCAUCUAAUCUAAUCUCAACAGCUGUUCAAGAUGAGUCCUCUACAACACCGUCUAGUUCUCGCAAGGCUUCAACAGCUUCUCAAAUAUCUGAUAAGACACCACCAAUCUCUCGCAAAGUUUCCGCAGUUUCACAAAUCUCCAGUAAAGUUAAUACCACUCCACCUUCCUCUCGUAAGGGUUCUACAGUUUCACAGACGUCUGUUAAAACAACUCCUGCAACCUCACAGAAGGAGUCUGAAGCUGCAGUAAACUCUAAAAGCAUUGAAAAUACAGAUGGGGCAAAAACUAAAGUUGCAAAAAAAGGAGAAGAAACCACUAAAGGAGCUACCCCACAGCAGCAAAGACAAGGAAAGUCCCAAGAUGGACAUAUUCCUGUCUCCUCUGAAAUCCCUGAAGAGUCUAGAGGUAGAUCUCAGACUCCGUUACUUCCACCUGCAGCAUCUGCUGUCUCUGGGAAGGUUUUGGGAUUUGGUUCCUCCCUCUUUAGCUCAGCAAGUAAUCUGAUCUCAUCAGCUCUAGAUGAGCCUUCUACAACACCACCCACUUCUCGCAAAGGAUCCACAUCUUCCCAACUAUCUGCUAAGACUACAACCCCACCCUCAUCUCGUAAAGGCUCUUCAGUUUCCCAGACUUCAGAUAAAAUUACCACUCCACCUUCCUCACGAAAGGGUUCUGGAGUUUCUCAGACCGGCACACCUCCUGCUUCCUCAAAAGGAUCUGAUGUCUCUCCUAAAAUUCUUCCUUCAGAUGACAAAAAAGUACAUCCUGAAAAUAUACAAGAACAGAUAAAAAAAGAUAAGAAAUCCAUGGUCAGUCAGGCACAGCCAACAAUUGUAUCAGUUACAAAAGAUAGAGAUCUACCAGAAACAACAAGGACAGAGCCCACUAAAUCAUUUCCCAAAGCCUGCCCUCUCUGUGAAGUCGAUUUGCAGAAGGAGCCUCCCAAUUACAAUACCUGUACCGACUGCAAAAACACUGUGUGUAAUCUAUGUGGCUUUAACCCCAUGCCCCAUGAGACAGAGAAAAAGGAGUGGCUAUGUCUGAACUGCCAGAUGCAAAGAGCUCAAGCUGAGACUGACAAAGUACCUCCACCAGUAUCACCACUAAAGAAAGCAACACCAACUCCUGUUCCUCCCCAGAAGAAGCCACUUGAUUCCACAGAUGCUACUGAAAAAGAAAAUACUUCACUAUCUAAAGGUGCAACACCAGGGUCUAGGAAGGCUAGUGCAGUUCCACCAACACAGAAUCCACCCCAGCAGCAGGACAUCAAAAAUCCAGUACAGCCAACACAGAAGGAUGAUACUGUAUCCACAAAAUCUACUGCCUCACCAAAGGCUGCAUCCACAAAAGAAGAGAGUGGCUUGUUUGGUUUUGGACGCUCUAGAUCACCUUCUCCCCAACCUGCUGCUUCCAGUGUUUCUGGGAAGGUCUUUGGAUUUGGUUCUUCCCUGUUGAGUUCGGCUUCUAAUCUUAUCUCCACCGCUGUACAAGAUGAAUCCUCCACCACACUCCUUGCAACUCAGCAACAGGUUUCAUCAGCUUCACAUACUCCUGUGACGACUACAUUAACACCAGCUACUUCUCAGAAGGGAUCAGCAGAUGUGUCACCAAAACAGAGAGCUAAAUCUGUUGAAAAUCAGCAGAAAGACAAGAAACCUGAAGAGAAAAUGACAGAAGUUCAGGGAAAAGCUGUAAAAGAGGGUGACCACACGUCAGAGCCUCCAAAAACUUGCCCUCAAAAUGAAAUAAUAGUGGUCUUUAUUUCUCAUAAUUAUAUGGUUACCAUUUUCAUCAUCCUACAGGUGAAGGAAUGGCUGUGUUUGAACUGCCAGAUGCAGAGAGCUCCCGAACCUACAGUUGUGAAACCAGGAACUACUAAAUUACCACCACCUGCAUCACCAAAAAAACAAGACACUGGGGGUGUUGUAGCAGAGGAUAAUGCUUCUGCGAAACAAGAAGGCAAACCAAAUCUGGCAGAUUCCAAACAAACUACAUCAGAGGCCCAAAUCCAGAAAAAUGUCUUACCUGCCAAAUCUGAUCAACCAUCUAAAUCGGAAUCUUCUAAACAGGAUUCAGAUUUUUUCAGCUUUGGUUUUGGUGGUUCUCGUUCAAGGUCACCAUCUCCUCAGCCCACUGUGUCUUUUGUCUCUGGGAAGGUUCUAGGCUUCGGUUCCUCCUUCCUUAGCUCAGCAUCCAAUCUGAUCUCCUCGGCUGUCCAGGAUGAACCUUCUAAAACUCCACCAACUUCUCGCAAAGGGUCUACAGUUUCCCAGACUUCGAAUAAGACAACACCAACACCUCCCACUUCUCGAAAAGAAUCAGUAGCUCCACAAGACACUAAACUAAAUCUUACUGCAGCAAAAUCAAAUCCAACCCUUUCACCAACCCAAGAACAGAAAAAGCCACCAGAUGCUCAAUCAUCCAAACCUCUACAAGCUCAAGUGAAAGAGGAGCAUCCAAGAACUUGCCCACUCUGUAAAGAGACCCUUAAGAAGGACCCACAAAACUAUAGCUCUUGCACUUCUUGCAAAAGCAUUGUUUGCAAUCUCUGUGGAUUCAAUCCCACUCCACAUCAAACUGAAGUGAAGGAGUGGCUGUGUUUGACCUGCCAAAUGCAGAGAACUUCAGGUCCUCCCCCAGCUCAGCCACAGUCUAACAAAGUACUUCCACCAGCAUCUCCACAAAAGGAAAAGACUCCAGAGAAGAAGCCAAGUGUUACAGCUGAGCAGGAAAAGAAACCUCCUAUAGAUACCAAAACACCAACAACACCAAAUACUCAAAUAUCUAAACGUGAUGCUUCUCCUUCCAAGUCUGCUCCACUACCUAAAGGUGAACAGAUUAAAGAAGAGUCAAGUUUCUUUGGCUUUGGUUUCGGUGGUGCUCGAUCUCGAUCUCCCUCUCCUCAGACUGCUGUCUCUGAUAAGGUUUUUGGUUUUGGAUCCUCCAUCCUCAGCUCAGCAUCUAACCUGAUCUCUUCGGCUGUUCAGGAUGAAUCCUCCACCAAAACUCCACCAACAUCUCGCAAGGGAUCUACAGUUUCCCAGACUUUAAAUAAGACCACACCAACACCACCUACUUCUCGAAAAGGAUCAGUUGCUCCUCAGGAUGCUAAACAAAAUCCACCUGAAGGGGAAUCAAAGCCAGUUGUUACAACAAUACUAGAACCAAAGCCAGUGCAGAAAACCUCAGAUCCUAAUUUGGCCAAACCUCCACAUGCUCCAGAGGAGCUUCCAAAAACCUGUCCACUUUGCAAAGAAACUCUGAAGAAGGACCCACAGAACUACAGCUCUUGUAGUUCUUGCCAGAAAAUUGUUUGUAAUCUCUGUGGAUUCAAUCCCAAUCCCCAUCAAACUGAGGUGAAGGAAUGGCUAUGCUUGACCUGCCAGGUACAGAGAACCUCAGGACCUUCCCCUGCUCAGCCACAACCACAAUCCAACAAAGUACCACCAGCCUCUCCAGAAAAGAAAGUGGCUCAAAUUCCAACUUCCCCAGAAAAGCAGCAGAGUGUCCCUGCUGAGCAGGACAAUAAACCUCCAGCAGAGACUAAAAAACCUACAAUUAGUCUAACUCCAAAUGAUCAAAAGUCUAAAGGUGUAGCUUCUCCUUCCAAACCUGCUCCAUCAUCUAAAGUCGAACAGAUUAAGGAAGAGUCUAGUUUCUUUGGCUUUGGUUUUGGAGGUGCUCGAUCCCGGUCACCUUCUCCUCAAUCUGCUGUCUCUGAGAAAGUUAUGGGUUUUGGGUCGUCCUUCCUUAGUUCAGCAUCUAAUCUGAUAUCCUCAACCAUUCAGGAUGAGUCAUCCACCAAAACUCCACCAAGUUCUCGUAAGGGAUCCACUGUGUCCCAAAGUUCUGUUAAGACAACUCCAACACCACCUACCUCUCGAAAAGGUUCAGAAGCUUCACAAGCCACACAAAAAAUUAAACUGGCAGAAGAAGCCAAACUUAUUACUGCACAGAAACAGGAUGAAAAGAAAAAAGAGGGAAUUAAACCACAGGAUGAGAUGACCAAAGAACCAAUCGCUGAUGUGAAAAUUAACAGACCAGUUCCAGAGCUUCCAAAAGCCUGUCCACUCUGUAAAGUGGACAUAAAGAGGGAUCCACCAAAUUACAACACUUGCACUGAAUGCAAGGACACGGUGUGCAAUCUUUGUGGAUUUAAUCCCAUGCCACAUCAAACUGAGGUUAAGAAAUGGCUGUGUUUGAACUGCCAGGUGAAGAAAGCUCAAGUGUCUCCCUCUGCCCAACCACAGCCACAGGUUAGCAAAGCAUCUCCACCAACAAUACCAGAAAACAAGGAGGCUCUCAUACAUACUCCAAUUCCAGUGUCUCCAAAAAAUAAGCCAGAUGUUAUUGGGAAGAUAAGCACAUCAGUUGCUAAAGAGAAUCAAGAGAACAAACCUACACAAGCUUCAACACAACCAACUGAAAUGCCAAAACAUGAUCCUUCUCCUGCAAAAUCGAUUGUACAACAGAUACCAGAACCUUCUAAAGAGGAAUCAGGUUUCUUUAGCUUUGGUUUUGGUGGUGCUCAAUCUGGAUCCCCUCAGCCUUCAGUGACUGCUGUCUCAGGGAAGGUUCUGGGAUUUGGAUCCUCCUUUUUGAACUCUGCAUCUAAUCUAAUCUCCUCAGCUGUUCAAGAUGAGUCCUCCACACCGCCACCAACUUCUCGUAAGACUUCCACAGCUUCUGAAACAUCUGCAAAGACUACAACACCACCAACAUCUCGCAAGGCAUCUGUGGUUUCCCAAACUUCAGUUAAGACUACACCAACACUACCCGCUUCUCGGAAAGGAUCUGUUACUUCUCAACAAGUUCCACCUACUGGUGACACAAAAGCACCUAUAACAGACAAGCCAAAGGAGGACAAAACAGAUGAGAAGCAGGUGCAACAGGCUUCAGCAGUACCUGAAGCUUCAGUAGUAGCAGUGGCAGCUCCUAAAGCAGAAACCAGAGCAUGUCCUAUUUGCAAAGUGGAUCUUAAUGUGGGUUCAAAGGACAUCCCUAACUACAGGACCUGCACUGAGUGCAAGAACACUGUUUGUAACCUCUGUGGAUUCAAACCAACACCCCAUCAAACAGAGGUCAAUGAAUGGCUUUGUUUGAACUGCCAAACAAAGCGAGCAUUAAAUGGAAUGGAACCACAAGGACCUCCAAAAAUGAAGACCCAUGAACAACCUGAAAAUGUCUCCACCUCAGCACCGCAUCCAAGAACAGAAAGUAUAACACCAGGGGCACCAUCAUUAGUGUCAACCGUGGUUCCUAAUGUUGCUGAAACCCAGAAGAAAGAGAUUCAAACUGCAGCCAUCCUUGAUAAAACUAAGACUCCUGUUUCAGUGGAUGUCCAAAAGAAAGAAUCAGUCUCAGCUUCACCACAACCACUAGAGACAAACAUAAAGGUACAACCUGCAUCAUCUAAGAAGAAAGAAACAUCAGAUUCAAAGAGAGACAAAGAAACUGACACACUCUUAGAGGAGUCUGACAAGUCCCCAGAAAAAUAUGCUCCACCUCCACAGGCAGAGCCACCAAAACAGGAAUCCAGGUUCUUUGGUUUUGGAUUUAGUGGUCCUAAGGUACAACCUGCUUCCUCUAAGCCAUCUGAGUCAACCACAGGGAAACUCUUUGGCUUUGGUGGCUUGACAGAAACAGCUAGAUCUCGAUCACCAUCACCACAGUCUGUUUCUGCUGUGUCUGGAAAAGUUCUGGGCUUUGGAUCCUCUAUAUUUAGCUCAGCAUCUAAUUUAAUCAGCUCAGCUGUACAGGAUGAACCUUCCACAACACCACCAACUUCUCGAAAGGCAUCCACAGUUUCCCAGACCUCUGCUAAGACUACUCCUCCCACAUCUCGCAAAGGAUCUGCAGUGGCACAAGCCUCUAGUAAGAUAGGAGACACCAAAUCACAUGCAGGGCAAGAUGCAGAGAAACCAGCAGAGAAAAAAGCAGAAAUCAAGCAAGUCACAGCACCCAAACCACCUCAGAAACCUGCUCCUAAAGAAGGCAAGACCAAUUGUCCAUUAUGCAAAGUGGAACUCAAUAUUGGUUCCGAGGAUGCCAAGAAUUUUAACGCAUGCACAGAAUGCAAGACAACAGUGUGCAACCAAUGUGGAUUUAAUCCAAUGCCUCGUCAAACAGAGGUUGAGGAAUGGCUCUGCCUGAAUUGCCAGGUACAACGGGCACAGGCAGGGAUUAAAACAUCUGAAAGUCCCACAGUGAAACCUCAGCCAGUUCCCUUAGUGAAAGACGACCAAACUCCAUCCAAAGUUGACAAGAUAUCUACAGCUCCAGUUGAGUCUAAACCUGAUGAGAAGCCUGCUGCAGCUGAAAAGAAAGCUGCCCCUGCUCAAGAAAUAAAGAAAGAGAUCUCAGUUCCAAGCCCGCAACAAAAGGCAGGUACUGAUUCUAAGGCAACUGAUACAAUCACCCCAAGAAGAGAGCCUCCUAAGCAAAACGAUACUCAACAAGAUCCUGCGAAAACACAACAGCCACCCAAAGAUACAGCCACUCCCGUAAAAUCUGCUCCACCUGCCGAGGUUGGACCCCCAAAACAGGAAUCCAAUUUCUUUGGUUUUGGAUUAGGUGGUCCUAAAGCACAGCCUACUUAUUCUAAACCAUCUGAGUCAACCACAGGAAAGUUCUUUGGUGGAUUUGUUGGACUGACAGAAACGACUAGAUCUCGGUCACCCUCACCACAGUCAGUUUCUGCUGUCUCCGGGAAAGUUCUGGGCUUUGGAUCCUCAUUAUUUAGUUCGGCGUCUAAUCUGAUCUCCUCAGCUGUUCAAGAUGAGCCAUCCACAACACCUCCAACUUCACGAAAAGGCUCCACAGUUUCUACUGAGUCUGGUAAAUCUACCACAGCACCAGCUUCUCCCAAAGGCUCAGUGGCCUCUGCCAAGGCUACACCGCCAACAUCUCGCAAAGGAUCUGUUGCAACAGAACCUAAGAAGGUACUUCCUGAAAAAGAGAACAAACCACCUGUUGAAAAGAAACCAGAGCAGCACAAUGAGGCCAAAGUAUCAAGGAUACCUACUUCAGAAAAGGAUAAACCUGAAACUGGACAGGAUAAAUUAGUAAAAGAUCCUGAAAGUGCACCUCAACCAUCCACCUGCCCACUCUGCAAAGUGAAUCUUAACAUGGGCUCGAAGGACCCUCCUAAUUACAACACCUGCACUGAAUGUAAAAGCGUUGUAUGUCAUCUCUGUGGAUUUAACCCCAUGCCUCACCUUGCUGAGGUUGAGUGGUUGUGCUUGAAUUGUCAAACACAGAGAGCUCUAGCUGAUCAGCUGGGAGACAUGGGAAAAAUACCAAUAUCCAGCCCAAAAGACAAGUCUACAGUCACAUCCAAAAUACAGCUGCCUGAGACUCCUGCACCUGCACAGACAACUAUUCCAAAAUCUGAGCCAAAACCAUCACCUGGAAAGCAGGCAGAGGAGGAGAAAACCAAUUCUACUACUGUUGCAAAGGCAGCGGUGACCACUCCAGUGGUCCCUGCAUCUCUCUCUGUUGUUCCUACCACAGAUAUGCUGCAGACAGGGAUGACAGCUGUGGUGGCACCAAUACCAGCUGCAGAGACUCAGAAAGCUGUUUUUACUGCUGCUGAGGUCACUUUAAAAGAAACCGGCAAAGACAAAGUCCCUGACGAGACACAAGUAGAAACAGAACCGAUGUCUAUGCUUCCAGCAGUGCCAACUGAGGCAAAUGUAGUAAAGGUUAAAGAGGAUAUAUACACUCAACCUGCAAUAGAAGGACAACAGAAAGAUGUUGUGGUACAGAUGGAUAGCAGUCUUCCAGAAAUGUCUAAAGUAGACACCUUAAAAGCAGAUAUUAAAGAGCAACAUAAAAAGGACAUCUUGCCGGUAUCGGUAGAAUCAUACAGCUCGGCUGAGGAGGAGCUAAAGGAGAUACAGAGAGUAAGUGAAAUGGGCAUAAAAGAAACCGCUACAAAACUGUUGCCUGUCAGAGCACCAGACAGUGUAAAACAAUACCACGAGGACAGCAGUGAGAGUGAACCCUCCCCUCAGAUACAGAGAAGAAGAGUGAGGCCUGCUUCCUCUAGCAGUGAGGACUACAAACUAGACAGUUCAAAUUCUGGAGAUGACGAAGAGUUCAUACGCAGGCAACUGAUACACAUGGGAGAAGACGGGAACUUGCCUUCUGAUGAGGAAAAACACAGAGAAGAACAACACUCACAGCAAGAAACCAGAGAAGUUGAAAAAUCGGAUGAUUCCAUGAGGCCUAAACGUGCCCUAAAGAAACUUACUGUAGAGCCUGAGGAGAUUUCUGAUAUCACUCUGUCUUCUCACGACCAAGAUGAUCAAGUUGCCCAAGUCAUCCCAGUCUCAGAAGCAUUAGAAGAAAUCAGAGUGGAAAUAGAUUUGUCAAAUGACAAUGAGAAGAUCAUAGCUACUGACACCACAGCAGUUGCCAUCAUACAAAAAACUCCUGUUAGACAGACCAUGGAGGAGCAUGAGAGUCUGACUGAAGACUCGUCCAAGGGUGAUGGGUCAUCCAGUGUUCAGGUGUCUAGCAUCACACCAGGAACAGCUUCACCUACUUCUGUUUCCUCUAUUGAUGAGGACAGUGAUAGUAGCCCAAGUCAUAAAAAGGCCAGAGAGGAGAGUAAACAGCAAAGAAAGGCAAAACACAGACCUCAUGGUCAGGCCCUUCCCACUAUAGAAGACUCAUCUGAGGAGGAUGAGUUACAUGAGGAGGGUGAACAGAUGAAGCAGGAAGAUGAAAGAGAUGAUCAGCCGCAGUUAAGAAAGAUCAAGAAAAAAUUAAAGGCAGAAAGAGCUGAUCUGGGCAUGCAAAGGAGACGGGAUCAUUUGCCUAAAACUGAUAAAUUAAGGCAGGCAGCAGGGAUGGAGGAAUGGAAGUCCUCCUCCUCCUCUGAAUUUUCACCUAGUUUUGAAUCUGAACCAGAGAAUGCAGAAUACAGAACAUUAUCAUCUGAAACACAUGAUGCAGCAGAGAAGCCAUUAAAGACUGCUGAAGAAGUAUAUGAGGAAAUGAUGCAGAAAGCGCAGGAAUACAAAACAUCAGAGAAAUUCACACCACCUGAUAUUGAACCAUUAUAUGGAGGCAUGUUAAUAGAGGACUAUGCUUAUGAAACUUUAGUUGAAGAACAAGAACAGGCUGCAACAGCUCUUGGUAAAGUCACCCAAGAGCAAGAUUUGAGAAAGAUGUCUGAACAUGAGUCGGUGAGGAUACUUAUGACACCAGAUGAGGCUUAUGAAGAGAUGAUGAAUAAAAGAAGCAAGAUCAUGCAAAAAGAGAAGGAGGCUCAGCAAGCACAUGCAACAAAGAUCGACACAUCCUUGCCACUUGAUGUCAGUGACACUUGUUAUGUGAGUAUUUCUGGAAAUUAUGCACUUUCUACAGAUAAAAAUGCAAAGCCACUGUUGGAAACAGAGGAUGCCUAUGAAGAGCGAUUGAAGACACAAAACGAUGUUUUAACACCAGGAACAAGUCCUACUCCGUCAACUCCUGUGUCUCCAGCCUCCCCUCUGACUGUGUCUGAGUCAUCAUAUGAUUCCCCUGAGGUGAUACUCAUCCCUUCAAGUGGGGAAGAAGACAACUUAGCUGAACCUAUUGAAUGCAUUUUGGAGCCUUAUAUUACAGAUUCUACACUCAGAUUCUAUACUCAGAAUGUAUCUGGGAUUAAAGCUUUAUAUCCAAUUCCUGACUUAAAGAUCACUCAGUGCUCCUCUGGUGAAGAGGAAGUUGAAGAGGAGGACAGUGUCACACAAGAAAAAAUGUCCCCUGAGCCAACUGAUAUCCCUCAGAGUGAGGAGGAACCACAGGCCCCAGAAGAAUCAUUUGAAACUGUUCCCAUUUCUGUAAUAUGUGAAGUUCCUUCAUCAAAACGUGUUGUGGAGACGACAGCAAUAUCACCACUGUCUCCACCAACAUCUCCAGCAGUCUCAUCCCCAGAUUCAAAUAUGGAACUAACAACAGCACCAUCAUCCUCUCCGGUUUCUGGCCAGACAUCUGAAUUAACUACUCCAGCUAGCCCUAGUGUUGCUGAAGUUUCUGCCACAGUUGUAAUUCACAUUCCAGACUUGGUGUCUGAGCAAGCCACAACACACCCGUCAGCAACUGCUCCUGUUGCAUCAUCCACACAGAUUAUUGGAUCCCCUUCACCGGUCAUUCCAGCCUCACCACAUGUCUCAAAAAAUGCUGGCACUCCAACUCCUUCUGAAAUUCUUAUUUCAAAGCCAACACCAGGUCCAAAACCAACUCCUGCACCAAAACCAGCAGUUAUAUCAAAACCUACACAGGAAACAGUCCCUACUCCCGAUAGUGUUUCAUCCUGUACACUGGAUUCAGCUCUUCAAGAUUUAGCUCAAAGACCUUUGGCCGGUGCAAUACAUGAACCACUUUCAACUGCUGAAUCAGCCACAACAGACAAACAAGCUGUUGCACCAACAAUUCAUCCAAAAGUUGACCACGUAAAAACUCCUACUACUACAGUUGCUACGCCUAUUAUUCAGUCUCACAAAGGACCUUUAACACAAACUUCUGUUAUUGUUCAAAUGCCCAAUCUUGUGUCCCCUGCAUUAGGCCAUCCAGUUCAAGAACAAACUCCAGUUUCAAUGCCUACCCCGCCAUCCACUGCACAGAUGCCAGACCUGGUUACAUCUCCAUCUCCAUCUCAGUCAAUAUCUUUGACCUUUCCAGUACCUUGUCUAACCUAUGCCCCACUUCCAGCUAUAGUUUCAGCAGUGGAUCAAGCACCUAUUUCUGUUCCAACAAUGGUAUCAGUCUCAAUACCAGCAAAGGUUCUCUCUACAGACCAGACCAGCUCAGCUGUUGAACAAGUGGCCACACCACUGUCUGCUCAAUCCAGUAUUUCUGCUUUAGCAAAAGAGAUCCAGCCACCAACCAGUGUUUCUAUUCAAAUUCCUAUUCAGAGGCCAGCAGAAACCAGACUACACAUGACACCCCAAUUAGGCCAAGCAGCCACUGUUUCACCUCCAGCAUGUCAUGGAGAGCAUACUGCUGCAAAGACAGUCUCUGUUAUUUCUCCCAUUGUUACUACAACUGUUGCUUUUGGAGCUUCACCCUCCCAACCAGUUCAAUCAAUGCUAACCAAUAUUCAGGAAAGGAUGGUGGAAAUACAGAAUGAAAAUGUACCAGAUGAUGGAAUUUCUUCUCAACAGUCAGUUUCACAAAUCAUUUCUCCUGUUGUACAGACACAGCAAGGUCACGUUGUUGUCAGACUGCCAAAUCUUGAAAAUGUGGCAGUUAAAACAACUAUUGAAGAUGGGAGAGGGCACCCUGUUAUUGUUAGUGUUUCUCCUUUUACUUAUCCAGCCACAAUAUCAAGUUUCAUCACUGAUUCAACAGUUCCACCUUGUGUGACAUCUGCAAAACCCCAUGUUCCUCAAGAAAGAACAGAUAAACCUGUGAUUUCAUUUCCACCACCUCCUCCAGCUUCACCACCAGAAUUGCCAUAUAGCGCAGUACCCAAGGCUGAUUUUAACCAACAAAAGUCUAUUCCAACUCCUUCAUCAGGUAAUGUAACUCUACCUGAACCCCCACCAAAUGUGGCCAGCGUAAAUAUAAAACCAGCUGUGACACACAAAUCACCACCCCCUGUUCCCCCCAAACCUGUAUGCAUUCCCCCAGGACUGGUAUUUAGUCACAGAUCAAGAGAGAGCGUAAAGCCACCAGUUAGCCCUGAGCCAGUAGUUGUUCAAGCAGUUCGUGCUGCAACGCUGCCAAGAACAAGGGAACCUCCAAAUGCUUUGUCACUAAGUUUGACUGCCCCUGUAGAGACCAAGCACAGUGCUUCUUCACCAAAAUCACCUUUAUCACCCAGAUUUGCUAGAACUCUUGAAACAUAUGUGGUGAUAACAUUACCCUCAGAACCAGGAUCACCUGUUGAGGGCAUUACAACUCAAGCACCGAUGAGAAGAUCAUCACUGCCAACUCCCAGACAGCAUGUUCCAUCUGAUGCCCCAAGAGUGUUUGCUCCAUCUGCAGUGGAUGCACCUGUGUCAUUAAUUUCAGCACAAAUUGUAGCAGCCCCACCAAAGCCUACCUCAGCUUUAAAUACAGCAGUACCCCUUGAGGUGAUGGCACCUGACUUUGCUUCAGUCACAAUAGAGACUCAUCAUAUUACACUAGCUGCGGAUUCAAGUCAAAGUAUUAUGGAACCUUGUGUAACAGUCCCAGAGCUGCCAGUUGCUUCUGUACAAACAUUUGUUUCAGCACCUCUUGUAGUGGCAUCAUCAGGACUAUCAGAGACUAUGACUGUUGUUCCUCAUAUCACAAUGGAGAAUACAAUGCAUUCCCCAUCUGCCUUUAUAACACCACAUGUUGUAAUGGCACCAUCUGCUUUGAUUUCAGCAGCACCUGUUGCAGCACCACCACCACCACCACCACCGCCCAUUUCUAUGGAACCAACAGCAUAUCCGGCAAUGACAUACUCCACACCUUCCUUGAUUUCUCCUCUUGCCAUGGCUCCAGUCUCAGUGGUGCAUACAUCAAAAUCGUCAGAGGAGGUACCAGUAGCCUUAGCCCCUGUGUCAGGAGUUUCUACUGAGUCAGUUCCUCACUAUACAGUGAGUGCUGUGCAACAAGAACUUGAGAUGCAACAAAUGCAAAAAACAUAUUCUGCUCCAAUAACAGUAACCCAGAUUCCAAUCCCAACUCAAAAUGAAGACAUUCCUGGUUUGGAUAUGGAAGAAAUACUAAUAGUCUCAGCUUCUGAAGAGGCCUUAACUGAACUGGGUUCAUCACCAGUACCAAUAACACAGCUUCAAGAGCAGCAAACCGUUUAUGAGCAAAAACAAGAAAUUCCAGUAGUGACCUCUGCAACAACUGUGCCACCAGUACCAGUCACAUUUACCCAAUUUACAAAAUCUAUUGAGAGUCAAGAAAUUUGUAGACAAGAUAAAGUUAUAUCAAGCAUGAGCCAAGUCUACUCUGCAAUCUCAACAACUGAGCAGCGUCCUGAUGCAUUGCCUAAUCUCGUGACCCAAGUUGUCACGACUGAAGUACAAAGAACAACAACUGUGUCAGUUGUCCAGGAGAGGAUUCCUGUCGAACCCAUACCUGAACCUGUGGGUGCUACAAUCACAAUCCAGCCAGAAGUCCAUCCAAAACCUAAACAGAAUGGAAAAAUACAAUACCCUAGUGACGUUAUAGAUCUUACCACAUUUAAAGUUAAUGUUACAAUGACUGACCAAGGAAUGGAUUUGACAGCCCCAGAUUCAAGUAGGUCUUCCUUGUCAAGUGAAUCAAGUGGGCGACAGGCCACUGCUGUACAGCCCGAAAUUGUGAAUCUUAGUGCUGAAAUAAUCCCCACUACAACACUCUCUGUUGUAACUGACAGCAUAACAAUCGUUACUUGCACAGCUACAAUUGCCUACAACAACAACACAGUUGACAAGCCUCUGGACCUGGGAAAUGCUACUUCAGUGCCUCUUCCACUUACCACAUACAAUCCAUUUGAGCCACUUGCACAGAUAGUGUAUAGACCUGUAAAUUCACAACCUAAGGCUACAACCAGUGCAGAGAUUCCUAUUAACCUUUCAUACAGAGCUGUUGCAAGCACAGCUCCUACUCUUAUGCCUGUUACUAUAGCCCCGGUGAACUUCACAAAUGGCCCUGUUGGUAUACCAAUACAUACAGAGCCAACAGCAGUUGGACCUGUAGACCUCACCACGUGUAAGCCAAUGAAAACAAUGGUUGCUUUGUCCUCAUCUUCUGGAGUGGUCACAACUGUUUUGGAAGAUGACGGUACACCAGUUGAUCUAACAUCUGGAAGACGGACUGUUUGCUGUGAUGUAAUUUACAAGCUUCCUUUCACAGGGAGCUGCAGAACACAGCCUCCAGUGACCAUACAACCAGACAAUCAAAUUGGCUAUCAAAUUGAUAUUGUCACAACGCCUGUCACUGAAGAUCUCCGUACCAUGAAGGCUUCAAUAUCUGACAGUAAUUUCAAAGAGGCUGGGCUCUUUAGUUAUGAAAGGAAGAAUGGAUUCACCUAUCAGAAUGGGGCAUCUGAGGGGGCUAUUGAUUUGACAUCAGCUAAAAUGUCAACAGAAGAGGCCUUAGACUACUCAAAGAAAAGCACUUUGGCAUUUACUGGGAUCACCACUACUCCAUAUUCUCAAGGAACGUCGUUUGGCUUUAAUAGUUUGCUAAGAACGACAAAUGGCAUUGUUUACUCAUCGGUUGCUGCACCCGUUCCCUCCACGUAUGCAAUUACUAUCCAACCAGGUUCAAUAUUUAGCACAACAUACAAUAGUCUCACCAAUUCUACGGAUCCACUUUCAGCACUUCCAAAUCAGCCUGCUCCAUAUGGCUUUGUACAAACCACAGCCACAGACCAAUCAAUAUUCCCACAGUCUGAUAUAUCAAAGGAUAUCCUACCUUCUGCAUUAGCCAGUCUCCUUCCCUCCCUGACAACCUUUCCUGAGCUCUACUCGGAUGCUACUUUUGAGGCAAUAGCAGCCUCACUGGACAUGCUGGUAUCCCCGAAUUUCCCUGAUUUAGAUGACAGCAAGAGCCAGCAGUACAAGGCUGAACAUGAGUUCUUACAGUUAGAGAAGUUGAAACAGCUGUGUCUAGCUGAAGAGCUUGAAUGGGAGAGGCAAGAGAUACAGCGUUACCGUGAGCAAGAGCAGAUCAUUGUUCAGAAGGAGCUGGAGGAGCUUCAGAACAUGAAGCAACAACUUCUAAUGCAGCAAGAAGAGGAACGCAAAGCCCAUCUGAUUCUUCAGCAAGAAACCUUUGCACAGCAGCAACUUCAGUUAGAGCAAAUUCAUCGAUUACAGAAGCAACUCCAGCAACAACUACAAGAGCAAAAGAUAUACCCAUAUGGGUUCGGGCCAAGUGAGGGUAUGUCCCCACCCUUGAGCUCAGACAUCAUACGUGACUCAAAAUAUUCUGGGGGAGAUAAUGGACAAUUCUGGCCAGUGAAGGAUGACAAUUCAACAUCAUCUGCAGUGUCCACCCAUGACUCCACAACAGGUCAAAACUGGCUAACAACAACUUCUGGGGCUUUUACACAGUAUAGUUCAAGCAUUCCUGUAUCAGUGAGUGCACAGACAAAGGAUCAACUGCAGUUGUCCACAAACCUGCCAGAUACAGCCAAGCAAGAGCAAAGUGUGGGAUUAAGUGGAAAGAAAUUGAUUGAGAGUGGUGUUCAAACAGACGAUGAAGAUGGUGUUGAAAAGAUUCCUUCUGGUAGAAGGAGAAGAAGUAGGAGGAGUGUAGAUAGCUGUGUGCAAACUGAUGAUGAGGAUCAGGAUGAAUGGGACAUCCCGGUUCGGAGCAGACGCAGGUCUCGUUCCAGUAGAUAUGCUGAUGGAGAGAAGGGAAAAAGCUCCAAGGUAUCAAGUAUUGCGAUUCAGACUGUAGCCGAGAUUUCAGUUCAGACAGAGCAUUCAGGGACAAUUAGGAGAUCUCCUGUUCGGGCUCAGGUGGACACAAAAGUAGAUUUACACAGAGAGGGCCAAACAGAAAGCGAUUCGGAUAUUACAUCAGACAGAGAUAAAAGACGUCCAGCUCCUGCUGAGAUAAGUGUUAGCACACACCUGACAGCUGGUGAUGUUGGAGCAUCGUUAGUUACCAAAUCUCCAAAGGUAUUAUGCUCCCCGGUUUCACCAGUGUCCCCAGGGAAAAGUUCACAGAAGAUGCUUACCGCUGAUUCAUCAAGGCAUCUCAGUAGUCCAAGAUCACUAAGGGCCUCACAACGAUCUCUGUCUGACCUCAAGUCACUCAGUCCGACAACUGAGGACAGAAUGACGUACCAGUACACAGACACCUACUCUAGCAAAGGUUCUCAGAGCGGCACACCAGUUGGCACUCAGAAGAAAGUAAAACGCACGCUACCUCAUCCACCACCAGAAGAAGAUACCCUCAUUGGCCUCUCUGGGUACACCACUGCUUCUGCCAGAAGACGAAUGUGCAGGAACACCACUAUGGCGCGGGCCAAAAUCCUCCAAGACAUAGACAAAGAGCUGGAUUUAGUUGAACGUGAGUCCUCAAAACUCCGUAAGAUACAGGCAGAGCUUGAUGAGGAGGAGAAAGAGAUAGAUGCUAAAUUGAGAUAUCUGGAAAUGGGUAUAAAUCGAAGAAAAGAGGCUUUACUGAAAGAGAGAGAGAAGAGGGAGAGAGCCUACUUACAAGGAGUGGCAGAAGAGCGAGACUACAUGUCAGAUAGUGAGGUCAGCAACAUCAGAGAGGCACGAGGUAAUGGUCAUGGACUAGAACGGCCACGGACUGCCCCACAGUCAGAGUUUAACCAGUUCAUCCCACCACAGACUGAGUCUGAGUCUCAGUAUGCACAGCUUACGAGCCCAUACUCCCAUUAUCAAUAUGCAUCCCAAACAAGUCAGUAUCCUCAGCAGACAUUGUACCAGCAGCAGUCUCUUUACCAUCAGCAGGUGUCCCCCUACCAAUCCAUUUACUCAUCAGUGCCCUCACUCAAUCAGCAGUCCCAGCAGACUGGCUAUGACCAUUCCUCACUCCUUCUGAUGCAACAGAAACCCCGUCAGACUACUUUGUCUGACUUAGAACCAAAGAUUACGACAAACUAUGAGGUCGUACGCAACCAGCCCCUCCUAAUUGUCCCUACAUCCACAGAGAGUGCCUACGGAGUUUCCCAUCUCGGUGGUAAAUACAGUAGCCUUGAUCUGAGGAUGGGCUUGGAAGAGAGAGCCAGCAUGGCCAGCAGUCCCAUGUCCAGCAUAUCAGCUGAGUCCUUCUAUGCAGACCUCGAUCACCAUAAUGCCAGGAACUAUGUCUUGAUUGAUGACAUCGGCGAACUCACAAAGAGCUCCACGGGCCUUGGUUCAAGCUUCAGUAUUGCAGAUAAGGAUAUCAGCAAAGCUGACCGACUUCUCCGGACUGCUGACGUUCAUCGAACUGCAGAUGUGGCAGAUUUUCUUGGUCCUCUUCAGGCUGCUUCUCGAUUGCAUUCAUAUGGUAAAGCAGAUGAGGAUUCCAUGGAGGAGCCAUAUGAAUUGAAGAUGUUGAAACAGCAAAUUAAGCAGGAGUUCCGACGCGGUACAGAUAGUCUCGAGCAGCUUACAGGCCUGCCUCACUACCUCCACUCUGACACUAGUUUUAGGCAUUUCCCCAAAGCUGAGAAAUAUAGCAUCGGGAGACUAACUUUAGAGAAGCAAGCUGCCAAGCAACUUCCUGCCUCAGUUCUUUACCAGAAACAGCUAAAGAAUAAAAAAGCACUAAUUGACCCCAAAAUUACAAAGUUUUCGCCCAUCCAAGAGAGCAGGGACCAUGAGCUAGAUUACAGCAGCUUCUUGGCCUCUGCCAGCUCAGUUGGUGGACUGUCUGCCAGGGCAAGGCUCUUGCAGGAUGAGAUCACAUUUGGUCUUAGGAAGAACCUAGCAGAGCAACAGAAAUAUUUGGGUUCAGCUCUUGGCGCUAACCUGGCUCAGUCACUCAACUUUGGCCAAUCUCUCAACCUAGGGCCUACCAUUAGGUCUUCCCUUCAUGAUGAUGGCACCUACCCCAGUGGCACUCGGUCAAGACCUUCCUCUAGACCUUCCUCUGUAUAUGGACUGGACCUAUCUAUCAAAAGAGACUUGUCAAACUCCUCACUACGCCUGAAAACAGAGGGUGAGGGCAUUGAUUCCCAGUUUGUAUCUAGGGCUAAACCGACAAGUCUGCCAAUUAGUCAGAGCAGGGGUCGAAUUCCCAUUGUUGCACAAAACUCUGAAGAGGAGAGUCCACUUAGCCCUGUUGGUCAGCCCAUGGGCAUGGCCAGAGCAUCUGCAGGCCCACUCCCACCCAUCUCAGCAGACUCACGGGACCAGUUUGGCUCCAGUCACUCUCUUCCAGAAGUCCAACAGCACAUGAGAGAGGAGUCCAGGACAAGUGGCUAUGAACGGAACAUUGCCUUUAUAAACGAUGACCUUCAGGGGGCCAUGUCAGAUAGCGAAGCUGGAGGUCCUAGCUGGAAUGUGAAAGCAUAUCACCUUCAGCAUGAGGAGACAGACUGGUUUGACAAACCCCGCCAGGGACGUGGUGGACCAGAAGCCGGGCCAGAGAGAAGACAGAUGAAAGGCAGCCAUUACCCCUUCCCACACACUCGCAUCAAACUGCAACGGGACCCCAAGGACCACACCAUCUCAGGGAGUGGGCUGGGAAUCAGAGUUGUGGGUGGAAAAGAGAUUCCAGGGACCAACGGAAAGAUCGGAGCCUACAUCGCUAAGGUUUCAGCAGGAGGAUGUGCUGAGCAUAUGGGAAAAGUUGUGGAAGGAAUGCAGGUUCUGGAGUGGAAUGGAAUCUAUCUGCUGGGAAAGACAUAUGAAGAAGUGCAAAGCAUUGUGGGCCAGCAGUAUGGAGAGGCAGAAAUAUGUGUGCGCCUAGAUCUAAACAUGCUCUCCGACACAGAACACCCUCAACAACUGGAGCUCCAUACUCAGCUGAGAGCUGGUGAGCAUCAGCGUUCUCCAGGUAUAGACCCAAAGCAGCUGGCUGCAGAGCUGCAGAAGGUUUCGCAGCAGCAGGCUCCUGCCUCCGUGCUGUCUGCUCUGGAGAGAGCAGGACACUUGCACUCUGGCACCGGAUCUGCGGCUUCCAGUGGGGUCCCCAGCCCUGGGCAACCCCGGUCCCCUUCCGUCAACAAGAAACGCCAUAGUAGCAAGUCAGCAGAGGUUCUGAAGCCACAACCGCAUCCAGUCACUGGUGAAAUACAACUUCAAAUCAACUACGACAGGAAUAUGGGCAAUCUGAUUGUUCACGUGCUACAAGCUAGAAACCUCGCUCCUAGAGAAAACAACGGCUACACAGACCCCUUCGUAAAGGUCUAUCUCUUGCCAGGGAGAGGGUCUCCCUUCCUGGGCAGAAGUCCUCACCUCUUUAGUACAGAAAUGACUUAUUGGAAGGCUAAAGUGGAAGAGAUCUUCCUUAGAGAACUGAAGAAGAAAACUCUGGAGGUUACUGUGUGGGAUUAUGACAGAUAUUCCUCAAAUGAUUUCCUGGGUGAAGUGCUCAUUGAUCUCUCAAACACAGCUCAGCUGGAUAACACGCCUCGCUGGCACCCUCUAAAGGAACAAAGCGAGAGUAUUCACCAUGGAAGAACCCACCCUCCAAAGGGGCCCGGCGGCUCUGGGGGACUCGGAGGUCAGGGAGGCCCUGGAGAGCCAGGAGGUUCUGGAGGUCAAGGAGGGCAACCGGGGAACCAGCAGUCCCCUAAAACAUCUGUCAUCAAGAGCCGAAGUCAUGGCAUUUUCCCUGACCCCGCUAAAGACACACUGGUCCCUACAAUAGAAAAGUCCCACAGUAGUCCUGGCAGCUCCAAAUCGUCCUCUGAGGGUCACUUGCGCUCCCACGGCCCCUCACGCAGCCAGAGCAAAGGCAGCGUCACUCAAGCCCACCUGGAAGAGGCUGGGAACGCCAUCGCUGCAGCUGAGGCUGCGGUGCAACAGGCCAGAUUCCAGCCAAAUAAAACAAACCACAGAAUGAUUGAUGGGGAUGCAUACACUCUGGACAGUGAAGAAAACUUGGGCACUAACGCUGUGGACAGUGCCAUAUUUCAGGUCCCUCAGCUGAAAAACAUUCCGAAUGGAACAGAUAAAAUCAGAGGACUUGAAUCUUUGAACCUGUCUGAUUCAGAAGAUAAGAUGAUGGGUGAGAUCAAGGUUGCUCUGAAGAAGGAAAUGAAGACUGAAGGAGAGCAGCUGGUUCUUGAGAUCCUGCAGUGUAGAAACAUCACCUACAAGUUCAAAUCUCCAGACCACCUACCUGACUUGUAUGUAAAGCUUUAUGUGGUGAAUGUGGCAACUCAAAAGAAGAUCAUAAAGAAGAAGACCAGAGUGUGUCGCCAUGACAGAGAGCCAUCAUUCAAUGAGACAUUUCGUUUUAACCUGAAUCCCGUUGGCCACUCUAUUCAGCUGUUCCUGGUGUCAAAUGGAGGGAAGUUUAUGAAGAAGACCCUGAUUGGCGAGGCCUACAUCUGGCUGGACAAAGUGGACAUGCGUAAGCGGGCCGUCAGCUGGCACAAGCUAGUGGCCACAACCAGUCAAACGCAGCCGUAAUCACGUGCCAUCCAUCUCCCAUCGGUGCCCUCCAAAAAAGAGAAAUAAAACAGGAAAAGGUGGGUUUGUGGAUCUGGAAUGACUGAUGGAUCAUGAAAAGAGAAAAUCAGUUGAAUGAAAUACUGUGACGAAGAGUUCGAGGCCAUUUGAGGCUAUUUCCACUCCCAGAGCACUGCUAUUGUCUAUUUGAGGGAGUCAUUUCUGCAACUACAUUCUACAUCUAAAAUAUCUUAGGCAUGAGCCAAUUAUUACGACCAAUUAUUACAUUUCAAUGUAAUUUCAGCUAUCACAUGUCCAAAUUUUUUUUUGCAAAAAACAUUGUUCACAAGGAGACAGACGUAGUUCUUGACACAAUCAUGUGAUGUAUAAUGACCAUAUCAGACUAUGUUAUGCAUUGUAUAGAGGUUAUACUGUAAGAAAGACAAUCGUAAAUAUAAUGGAUUCCCCUUAUUGAAUGCAACAUCCAACUGUGCACAGUUCGAGAUUCCUCCGUUUAUAAUGUCAUGAGUGUCGUCUUCAAUGUUUAGGGAAUGUUGAAACUUCAGGUUGUGACUGACAUCAGCUAUUGGACAUGGAUCCAUCAAUCAAGUCGAGAUGAUCUGGUUUUCACGAAGUCCUCUUGAUUAUUUCAAGAAUGGCUAUUUGUUGGAUGCUAAAUGAGGGCGUGCUUUGUUUUUAGUGUCUCGAGCCCUCAAAUUUGGUUCUCUGAGGUUAAAGGGCAUCUGUUUUCUGUCUAGAAGUAUGAUUGUACGUGUCCACGAUGUGUGUUUGCUUUAUGAACAGCAUCUUGAAGUAAAUGUCAUGUUAGUGGUCAGAUGUUGUCAUCAAUAGUCGCUGUUUUGUGACCAAGUUGUAUGUGCAAUCCAAAUAUGCAAUGACAAAAAAAAAAAAGAUAAUGGUAAUAAUUAACGUACAUUUGAGUCCUCCUUGGCUUUUAUAUGAGGGUUCUGGCUCAAUUGGCUCAAUUGAAAUCCUGAUGUAAUGUUUGUUGUUUAUUUUGAUGGUGCAAGGUGUCUGUCCUGCGUCACGUGUCACUGUUCCAUGGUGGUGCACUUUUAAUAUUGUUUUUCUGCUGUAAAGUUCAUCUGUUCAUGUCGGUUUAGAUCACUGCCUCUUUAACCUGCACCAUAUCAGUGCAUAGCUACACUAGUAUGUGCCACUGAUGGAUAAAGGCAUGUGUUUUUGUCUGUCUAGGAUCUCAACACCAGACAGUACUUUUACAGUCAGUG